AGACGGGUUUCCCCCCCCUCUCAACCAUGGACUCGGGAGAGAAGUUGAGACGGGCAGUCUAGAGUAAAGUCUCAACUACGAUGGAUGCACUACACUGUUGUCUCGUAUUAAUAGUCCUGUUCAUUGGGACUAUGAUUCAAGAAAAUGAUGCCCUGCAGUGCUAUUGCCAGCGCUGUCUCAACUCCACAUGCACCACGGACGGCCUGUGCUUCGUGACGGUCAUGAAGUCUGGCAGCCGGCUCACCACCGAGCGCAGCAUGUGUGUGCACGAGAGCGAGCUGAUCCCGCGUGACCGCCCCUUCAUCUGCGCACCCUCCACCAAGGACGACACGGGCAUCUACCCAAUGUGCUGCGCCUCCGACUGGUGCAACAAGAACCCCAACCUCAGCGUCUUCCCAGUGCCAACGGUGAAGCCGGUUCCUCUGGGGCCUGUAGCUCUGGCGGCAGUGAUCGCGGGGCCCGUGUGCGUGCUGUGCUUCGUGCUAGUGCUGGUCUUCUACGUUUGCCACAGCCGGGUGGGUGUGCAUCACCGCGUGCCCAACGAGGAGGAUCCCACCAUGGAUCACCCCUUCCUCACCGUGGGUUCCACCCUCAAAGACCUCAUCUACGACAUGACCACCUCUGGCUCCGGCUCUGGUGGGUUAGGGAGCCGUGGGGUUUUGGGUCUGCCCCUACUGGUACAGAGGACCAUAGCCCGGACCAUCAUCCUCCAGGAGAGCAUCGGGAAGGGCCGCUUCGGCGAGGUGUGGCGGGGCAAGUGGCGAGGCGAGGAGGUGGCGGUCAAGAUAUUCUCCUCCCGUGAGGAGCGUUCGUGGUUCCGUGAGGCCGAGAUCUACCAGACGGUCAUGCUGCGUCACGAAAACAUCCUGGGCUUCAUCGCCGCCGACAACAAAGAUAACGGGACAUGGACCCAGCUGUGGCUGGUGUCAGACUUCCACGAGCACGGCUCUCUGUUUGACUAUCUGAACCGCUACACAGUCACAGUGGAGGGCAUGAUCAAACUGUCUCUGUCCACCGCCAGCGGUCUGGCCCACCUCCACAUGGAGAUCGUUGGCACGCAAGGGAAGCCGGCCAUCGCCCACAGGGAUCUGAAAUCUAAGAACAUCCUGGUGAAGAAGAACGGGACGUGCUGCAUCGCCGACCUUGGCCUGGCCGUGCGCCACGACUCAGCCACCGACACCAUCGACAUCGCCCCCAACCACAGAGUGGGGACCAAAAGGUAUAUGGCACCAGAGGUGCUAGACGACUCGAUAAACAUGAAGCAUUUUGAGUCGUUUAAGAGGGCAGAUAUCUACGCCAUGGGCUUGGUGUUCUGGGAGAUAGCCAGUCGAUGCUCUCUGGCAGGCAUCGUUGAAGACUACCAGCUGCCAUACCAUGACCUGGUGCAGUCAGACCCUUCUGUGGAGGAGAUGAGGCGGGUGGUGUGUGAUCAGAAGCUACGACCCAACAUUCCAAACAGGUGGCAGAGCUGUGAGGCUCUGCGGGUGAUGGCUAAGAUCAUGAGGGAGUGCUGGUACGCCAACGGAGCCGCCCGCCUCACAGCGCUGCGCAUCAAGAAGACCCUGUCCCAGCUCAGCCAAUCAGAGGGCAUCAAGAUGUAGACCUUUCCUUAGUCUUAUUAUAUUAUUCUGAAUAUUAUUAUUUUUCAUUACCAUCAUUAGUUCUCUUCAUGCUGCUCCUCCUCUUGGUUUGAAAGGGGAAGCGAUGCAGCAUGGUGAAGUUUUACUCUGACACCCCCCCCCCCCCAACCCCUCUCUAAACGCGGUCAUCUUUAGAUUUGUCGCCGUGCCGACUGGCGCGAUUUUCUGUCUCAUAGAGGUGGAUGGAUCUGGUGGAGGGAUGUUGUCAGAGAGUGUUGGGAGAGAAGUGGUAUGACUGGGUGCUAAAGCUGUCCCCACUACACACCACCACCAACCUGUGUCAGUUCAGACCCCACCCCCUGGCCUCACGAUUGGUGGGAUCUCCUCACCCAGUGCUCGUGAAGGACCUAUAACAGUGAUUACAGACAGCCGUAGUCCCGCCCUGCCACAGACCCAUCUGCAAACCGGAGGAAAGGAUCAUCAAAACACCACCCAGAAACCCCCAGGUUUCAUGACUACUGGUCAUAACAUUCAGGUGUCAAUGCCUCCAUUAAACAAGUGUUACAUUCUGUCACUGGCUGCGGUGGCUCGAACUCGACAAGAACCGCCUUUGAAAAAGACUGAACAAACAAACUUUCGUUUUAUUUAGGACCAUCUGGUACUUAUUAACAAUAAUUUUAUUGUAGUUAUUUGUGUGUGUUGCCAUGGAGAGAUGCUGGUGUGCUGUGGACUCGUCUCUCCAGAGCAUGUCACACCGUGUGUUUAUCCCUUUUCUCUCUAUGUAUCACAGUACCGAGGGACUACAGGUCUGUUUAAUUUAUUUGUUUAGAUUGUUUGCAACAAAAAAAACAAGCUGGACAUGACCUCAUUCAGUCUCCAACCAACCGGACAUGACCUCAGUCAGUCUCCAACCAACCGGACAUGACCUCAAUCAGUCUCCAACCAACCGGACAUGACCUCAGUCAGUCUCCAACCAACCGGACAUGACCUCAGUCAGUCUCCAACCAACCGGACAUGACCUCAUUCAGUCUUGGCGAACAUGCUAUGACAUAUGCAAUAUAGAUAGUGUAUCUAUUUUAAAUACUCUGUUCUGCUGCUACAACAUCAACUACAACAGCUCCACAGUCGCCACCAUGCCUUCCAAGCCAGGUGUUAACUGGUGCCACUGCUUUAAACCAACCCCUUCAACCCUCAUGUUUGUGUGUGUGUGUGUGUGUGUGUGUGUGUGUGUGUGUGUGUGUGUGUGUGUGUGUGUGUGUGUGUGUGUGUGUGUGUGUGUGUGUGUGUGUGUGUGUGUGUGUGUGUGUGUGUGUGUGUGUGUGUGUGUGUGAGAUUGUAUGGAGUAUUGACAGAAGCCCUCAGCUGGAGGAGCAGCAUGGAGUAAACCCUCUCAGAGCUGGAGGAGCAGCAUGGCGUAAACCCUCUCUGAGCUGGAGGAGCAGCAUGGAGUAAACCCUCUCAGAGCUGGAGGAGCAGCAUGGAGUAAACCCUCUCAGAGCUGGAGGAGCAGCAUGGCGUAAACCCUCUCAGAGCUGGAGGAGCAGCAUGGAGUAAACCCUCUCAGAGCUGGAGGAGCAGCAUGGAGUAAACCCUCUCAGAGCUGGAGGAGCAGCAUGGAGUAAACCCUCUCAGAGCUGGAGGAGCAGCAUGGAGUAAACCCUCCUAUGCAAAUGGUAGGACGUGACCUCGCCACGCUGCCUGGGGCAGCCACAACGGCAGCCACAACACCAACUUGUUGGUGCCAUCUACUCAAGGGAUGUCUCUCUCCCUUCCCGUCUUCUCUCUGUCUCUUUCUACUGUAUAUGGGAGAGCUCUAAUGACUCACUGAAUACCAGACUGAUAGGGGUGUUAGUACUACCCACUGGACUACACUACGACCCCCCCCCUCCAUGGUGGCUUUAAGGAAGAAGAAACAAGUCAUUACUGGAGUUGUUCUAUAAUCAUGCAUUGUUGGAUUUCACUUUUUUUUCCCUUCUUUGGGUUGUUUCAAAGUGUGUGACGGCACAUGUCUCUACAAAGACAAAACAAGGUUGAGGUACAUUCAUUUAAAUAUAGAAAAUGGAUUUUUACUAAGCCAUAUGUUUCCAAUGUUUUUUUUUUUGAGGCAACUUUUUCUACUACUAGAAAAACAACAUAGUAUCACUGUGUGAACUGCUUGACAUUUCAGCUUAGCCUUAAGGGACCAAUGGAGAGAGUCAAUCUUGUUAUGUAAAAAGUAAGAUUUAUAAAUAAUUACUAUUAUAAAGUAGGGUCAAUGUUCUAUAUAAAGGAAUACAAGUCAAUGUAGCAGCAGAUUUAAUAAGUAAUGUUUUGGUUUGUAUUUGUAAGAUAUCCUAUUGCCACACGCCUAAACCUGCAAGCUGCCUAUUUAUACCAAUUUGGAUUGUGUUCGUUUUGGUAUGUCCACAGUCUUGAUGUCAUUCGAGUUUCUUGCUCUAUUUCAGCAUGUUUUUUUAAAUACGGUACCGCAAACCAUCACAAUAGAGAGACAAUGGAGCCCCAAAAGAUAUGUGAUUGUUUGUCUACAAGUGUACUUCUUCUGACCUAUCUGCAGGUUUACCUGUGUGGCCAUCAGGUUGUUUUGAGUUUCUUAUUUUAUUGUAUUCUUCUUUUGAAUGCCUCUUGAACAGUCUGCUGUUUGGAUGCAUUGUAUUUAUCCAUCUGUGUUACUACAAAACGUCUGACUCUGUUCUGAAACCAGGGGAGGCCAGAGACACUCUGUUCUGUUCUGAAACCAGGGGAGGCCGGAGACACUCUGUUCUGUUCUGAAACCAGGGGAGGCCGGAGACACUCUGUUCUGUUCUGAAACCAGGGGAGGCCGGAGACACUCUGUUCUGUUCUGAAACCAGGGGAGGCCAGAGACACUCUGUUCUGUUCUGAAACCAGGGGAGGCCAGAGACACUCUGUUCUGUUCUGAAACCAGGGGAGGCCGGAGACACUCUGUUCUGUUCUGAAACCAGGGGAGGCCAGAGACACUCUGUUCUGUUCUGAAACCAGGGGAGGCCGGAGACACUCUGUUCUGUUCUGAAACCAGGGGAGGCCAGAGACACUCUGUUCUGUUCUGAAACCAGGGGAGGCCAGAGACACUCUGUUCUGUUCUGAAACCAGGGGAGGCCGGAGACACUCUGUUCUGUUCUGAAACCAGGGGAGGCCGGAGACACUCUGUUCUGUUCUGAAACCAGGGGAGGCCGGAGACACUCUGUUCUGUUCUGAAACCAGGGGAGGCCAGAGACACUCUGUUCUGUUCUGAAACCAGGGGAGGCCAGAGACACUCUGUUCUGUUCUGAAACCAGGGGAGGCCAGAUGGCAUAACAAUACAACAUAUCAUAUGCCUCUUAUUAAAUCUGUACCAUGAUGCUUUUGUCUCUACAUGACUAUUCACUGUUGGUGUUCCCCAAGGGUGAGUUCAGGGACUUCUCUCUCUGUUUCCUUGUUUCUCUCUGCGUCUCUCUCUCUCUCUCUGCAUCAGGUCAGUCUUCAUCUAGAAUGCUGGUAACCCUCCUCCUGUAGAUAAGUGCAGAAGUAGUCCUUGAAGUGUUUCCUUGUUAUCUCUGAUUAGCUUCAGGAAUGGAAGGUCAUCUUUACAUUGAGUUGAACAGAAAGAAAAGCGCCUCUUUUGAUACUGAAUGAUUAUAUGCUGUGUCACACACUGGUGUGAAUGGUUCCUUGGUACAUGUAAAUAUCUAGAUAUUAUCUCUUGUAUUAUUGGCUGGAAUCUCUGUCUUGCACAGUUGGUCAGCCAAAAAAAUAGUGAACAAAAACCGUGAAAUCUAUCCUAAUAUUAAGAGAGACUAACGGAUAUUGCUGCUAUGAAACAUGGCGAACAAAACGAGAAAGAAAAAUGGCUGAAAUUUCAUCAUGCUGAAUUUGGUGUGUGUGUGUGUGUGUAAUAUGCUGGAUCUCGGACAGUGUGAUAGUGGUAAGGUCAUUCUCUGGGACAUUACAACUACACCACUCAACAACGGCAGCAGUUCAGCUGUCUACUUCUCUAUCUAUGCCUCUGUCGUCAACACUGGGCCAACGUUCAUUCCGUAUCCGACCAACAUUUCUGUCUUAAAAAUCACCAGCAGCCUUUCUUUUGGUUUUCAAAAUCAAAUGUGACUUCUUGCAGUGACUGUAAAAAAACACAUUACACAUCCAGGUAUUCCUGUUUCUCAGUGAUAUGCAAGGCAAUUUCCCCUUGAAACAAGGUUCACGCUACAGGUUAACAGAAAAAACAACCAUACUUUUUGCACCUCUGGUUUCAUCAAAAAUGGGUUGACACAAUUAGUCGCGGCUUUCCAAACCUUUCUGUGCCUUCAUUCUGCUCAAGUUCCACCCAGACAUUGUAAUAGAAACACUAGCCAGGAGGUCCCAGGCAGCAGGCAGCCAGGCGGUCCCAGGCAGCAGGCAGCCAGGAGGUCCCAGGCAGCAGGCAGCCAGGAGGUCCCAGGCAGCAGGCAGCCAGGAGGUCCCAGGCAGCAGGCAGCCAGGAGGUCCCAGGCAGCAGGCAGCCAGGAGGUCCCAGGCAGCAGGCAGCCAGGAGGUCCCAGGCAGCAGGCAGCCAGGAGGUCCCAGGCAGCAGGCAGCCAGGAGGCAGCAGGCAGCCAGGAGGCAGCAGGCAGCAGGCAGCCAGGAGGCAGCAGGCAGCCAGGAGGUCCCAGGCAGCCAGGAGGUCCCAGGCAGCCAGGAGGUCCCAGGCAGCCAGGAGGUCCCAGGCAGCAGGCAGCCAGGAGGUAAAGGGUUGAGGAGGGAGGGAGGGUUGUUGGCUGUACGUGCCCUUUUGUGACCCAAACCAAUGAUAUGAUCUGGUAAUUCUAUAACUAGCAAGCGAAUGGUGUUGAGGGCACUGCUGGAUAUGCAGUCUGCUCAGACAAACACAGUACUGUUGCACCGAGCGAGGAUCAACACUAAUUAACCAAGCUGAGUUUGCUAUUGUGUGAUCUAAUUGAGGCCAGGGAGACAUGCCAAUGUUGCCAGCUAUGCCAAGCUUCUUCUUUGUUUUUUUGAGCACUGAAACUAAACUCCGAUGGCUCCACCUUCCCCGAGGCCGCAAACCAGAGCACAAUUUGCAUAAUCUCUUCAAAAGUCAUGCAUAUGCCCAGUUGGUAAAACCGCAACAUACUGGUUCCUAUUGUUGGGUCACAGUUUUACCAAUCUUUCUAUCAACGCUAAUUACCAGACACUGAAGAAUACCGGGGGGGGCGCAGGCAUUAUCAUUCUAGAGAUACUUUACGACUGCCAAUUAAUAACCAGAGAAAGGAAAGCAAUGGUUGGUGUCACGAAAGGGCCCUGCUUGCUAAAAGAACAGCCGACCGUUCUGCUCCUGUUCUGUGUGCCUGCUGUAGUGAGACCAUUGUGUAGUAGAAAGCUUUAUCCUGUUUAAACGGUGCCUGCAAUUGGUUGGACUAUACUCUCUUAUUGGUUCUUACAAGCUGCAUGUGAUUUGUGUUCCAAUGUCAGCAUCACUUUCUUUAUAAAUAAAAUAUUAAAAAGCUGAAGGGGGGAAAAAAAUGUAAUUAACAGGAUAUAACAAGGUCAAACCUAAGGAAAAUGCCUCCUAAAGAGAAAUGUGUUUUUACCUCGGUGUAUAUAGUCGAUUUGUUUACUCCAAAGUUUGCAAUUUUUGUUUCUAUGAAAUGCUAAAUUGAAGAAUACACAUUUGUAAAUGGUACUUUUUUUGUCAAUGGUAUUGUGUUUUGUGGUGUUCCCAAGUAGUAUAUUCCUCUAGUUACCAUUAUCUGUAUUUUGGCUUUUUAUGGUCUGUCCCAAAUGUAAAUGCUUUACCAACGUCAAAGCUAGUCUUCUUUCCAAGCCCCAUCUGAGCUGGGUUGAAAAUGUCUUGUUCUUUCUUUCUUUUUGCGGUCAAAAAGCAGGAGGCUACAAGGAGAGAUGUCGAAGACCCUCAAAACCAUUACACAAUCGCCUGUCCUCUUCUGAUUUAUUUCUAAACCAUAUGUAUUUGAAUUUUUCAUAGCGUGUUACAGGAGAAUGAACGCUCAACAUAGGAAAGUAGCGGAUUGACGUUUCAGUUCUAACAUAGUUGGAGUAGAAAAUGGUGUGAAUAAAAUCAAAAGUUUCUGUAAAA